GCGUUCCACUCGGCGUCCCUCGGCCUCUCUCCCCUUCUCGCGCAUCCGCCGGCCGCCGCCGCGCUCGGUCUAAUCCAGAUUCCAGACUCUACUACCUAGACGCGACCCAGCUUCGCCGGGUCUCUUACCCUUCCGCGGCCGCCGCCGCCGCUUGUAGCGGCGGGCGGGGGGCCGCUCGAGAGAGAGCGAGGCGCGAUGCUGGAGAAAGACAGGAUAGCCUACUUCUACGAUGGCGAUGUGGGCAAUGUCUACUUUGGGCCAAAUCACCCGAUGAAACCACAUCGACUUUGUAUGACACAUCAUCUUGUGCUUUCAUAUGAACUUCACAAGAAGAUGGAGAUAUAUAGACCCCAUAAAGCAUAUCCAACAGAGCUUGCACAGUUCCAUUCUGCUGAUUAUGUGGAAUUCUUGCACCGGAUAACUCCCGACACCCAGCACCUGUAUGAAAAUGAAUUACGUAGAUACAAUCUCGGAGAGGAUUGCCCAGUCUUUGAUAAUCUAUUUGAGUUUUGCCAAAUAUAUGCUGGAGGAACUCUAGAUGCGGCUCGCAGAUUAAAUCAUAAAACAUGUGACAUCGCCAUUAAUUGGGCUGGUGGGUUGCAUCAUGCAAAGAAGUGUGAGGCAUCAGGGUUCUGCUACAUUAAUGAUCUGGUUUUGGGAAUUCUGGAACUUCUCAAGUACCAUGCCAGAGUACUCUAUAUUGACAUUGAUGUGCAUCAUGGGGAUGGAGUUGAAGAAGCCUUUUAUUUCACUGACAGGGUAAUGACUGUAAGUUUUCACAAGUACGGUGAUUUCUUCUUUCCUGGCACAGGUGAUAUUAAGGAUAUAGGAGAAAGAGAAGGAAAAUAUUAUGCCAUUAACAUUCCACUUAAAGAUGGAAUAGAUGACUCCUGCUUUACACGUCUUUUUAAAACAGUUAUUGCCAAAGUUGUUGAGACAUAUCUGCCAGGUGCUAUUGUUCUUCAAUGUGGGGCUGAUUCAUUGGCACGAGACCGUCUAGGGUGCUUCAAUCUAUCCAUUGAAGGCCAUGCUGAAUGUGUAAAGUUUGUCAAGAAAUUCAAUAUCCCCCUUCUGGUGACUGGAGGUGGUGGAUACACAAAAGAGAACGUAGCACGCUGUUGGGCUGUUGAAACUGGUGUCCUGCUAGACACAGAGCUCCCAAACGAAAUUCCAGACAAUGAAUACAUUAAAUACUUUGCUCCAGAUUAUACAUUGAAAGUAUCAAAUUUGAACAUGGACAACUUGAAUAGUAAGUCAUAUCUAAGUUCAAUCAAAGUGCAAGUCAUGGAGAGUUUGCGGGCCAUACAACAUGCACCAGGUGUUCAGAUGCAAGAGGUUCCACCUGAUUUUUAUAUCCCAGAUUUUGAUGAAGAUGAGCUGGAUCCUGAUGAACGUGUUGAUCAGCAUACUCAAGACAAACAGAUUCACCGUGAUGACGAAUACUAUGAAGGUGACAACGACAACGAUCAUGAAGACGGGGCCCGUUGAAAAGGUUCUUUGUACGAUGAAACUGGAGUGAAAACCGUUGCUUCUGUUCUGCGGUUUGACAGCGUGAGGUGGGAAAUACGUAGUCCUUAGUUUGUCAAUUGACAUGUUAGGAUCUGACACCCUUACCUGCAUGUAGUACGUGUACUUUCCAACUUAUGUAUCAGUAUUCAGUAAUAGUCACAUUUGAAAUGCAACCAGAAUUAAUUUGCAAAA